AUGAGACAACGAGAUCCAAGAGAAGAACGGCUGGAAUCCAGCGCGUAUCAGAUCAUCAAAAAGAUAGUCAACACGGUGCACUUAGAGCAAUUCAGCGGAGACAAUUCUGAUGCAACAAGCAGUAACCAUGAGUCAAUUAGUCCGAAGCGCAUUCGCAUGAAUCCUUGUAACCGUCCUCUACAGGAAAAGAACGAACAACAUGAGACAUUUAUUCUCUCUGCACGCG